CUAAUCAAUUAACCGAGGAGAAAAGUUUGCGAAUUAGUUUGUUUGCGAAUUAGAUUUUUUGUGAAAACAGGAAGUUUCUUAGUCCUGUCUACUAUUUUUGAGGGGAUACUUUUAUUGUGAAAGAAUCCAGGCGGAAGUGGUAGUUUUCUUCUGUUAUGAAGAAAAACAAGCAGAACACACGUCAUUUCAUAUUUGGUCACAAGGUAAAGAUGGCAUCAAGCAGUGCGAGCAGUGAGGAGGAGCAGAGCCUCAGAGAGUGUGAGCAGUAUGUCCAGAAACACAACAUCCAGCAACUGCUCAAGGACUGUAUCAUCCAGCUGUGCACGGCCCGGCCUGACCGGCCUAUGGCCUUCCUCAGGGACUACUUUGAAAGACUGGAAAAGGAGGAGGCCCAGCAGGUGGCUUUGCAGCAGAAAUCUAGCUCACGGUCAGACUCCCGUGAAGAUGAAGUUUCUCCACCCAUGAACCCUGUGGUGAGGGGUCGGAACCGGAGAGGAGCCAUCAGUGCAGAGGUGUACACAGAGGAAGACGCUGCCUCCUAUGUCAGAAAGGUCAUCCCAAAAGACUACAAGUCCAUGGCUGCCCUGGCCAAAGCCAUGGAGAAGAAUGUGCUGUUUGCCCACUUGGAUGACAAUGAGAGGAGCGACAUUUUUGAUGCAAUGUUUUCUGUCAACUACAUUGCUGGAGAAACGGUCAUCCAACAAGGUGAUGAGGGAGACAACUUCUAUGUUAUUGACCAGGGAGAGAUGGACGUUUAUGUGAACAAUGAAUGGGUGACCAGCAUUGGUGAGGGAGGCAGUUUUGGGGAGCUGGCUCUGAUCUAUGGGACCCCUCGUGCAGCAACUGUCCGGGCCAAGUCCAAUGUCAAGCUGUGGGGCAUCGACAGAGACAGCUACAGAAGAAUACUGAUGGGGAGCACUUUGAGAAAACGCAAGAUGUAUGAGGAGUUCCUCAGCAAGGUGUCCAUUUUAGAGUCUCUGGAUAAGUGGGAGCGUCUGACAGUGGCUGAUGCCUUGGAGACGGUGCAGUUUGAGGAUGGCCAGAAAAUUGUUGUGCAAGGAGAGCCUGGUGACGAGUUCUUCAUCAUCCUGGAGGGGACAGCAGCGGUGCUUCAGAGGCGGUCAGAGGAUGAGGAAUUUGUGGAGGUUGGCAGACUUGGACCCUCAGAUUACUUUGGUGAGAUUGCCUUGUUGAUGAACCGGCCCCGGGCCGCCACUGUUGUUGCAUGUGGACCCCUCAAGUGUGUCAAACUGGACCGGCCGAGGUUUGAGCGAGUCCUGGGUCCCUGCUCUGACAUCCUGAAGAGAAACAUUGAGCAGUACAACAGCUUUGUUUCCCUCUCUGUCUGAGCUCGGCACUCAGACCUUCCUUUUCUCUACUGCAGGGCUUUAUUUUCCUACUUCUUCUGUCUUUCACGUAUGUUACAGCACCCACAUGACCCACGUGACCCUUCACAAGAUCACUUUAAUACAUCAGCUUGUCAUCGUUCUUUAUUUCUUAUUUAUUUUAUUCUCUGUAUAUGUACUCAGGAGAUAGGAUUUGUUUUGUGUGAAUGGAAGAGUUUGAUGUCAGACACAGUUCAGAGGGUUGCUUCACCACCUGAAGUUAUAAUCCCAAUACAAAUAGCUGAAAUAUAAUGUAGUGGAUGCCUGCCUGACUCUGCGAUCACACUGUGAUCACUGUAAGUUCAGAGGUUACAUUAUAUAGUACUGAGAGCUUCACAACAAGAUGUGUAAAGAUUGUGUCAAAUCUCUGUAGUUCUAGAGCAUGACAGGCUGAUAAAUGGAUCAUUAAAAAUGGAAUAUUUAUAUAAAAUUAUACAAAAGACAUUCAUACAGACAUGAUAUGAAGCAUUAUAUUGUCAAAAUGAAACUCGUGCAGAUGAAAUAGCUAGAGUCAAAAGAGGACAGGAUAUUCAUAGUUUAAAUGAAUUUGUUCCAUAGUGGAAAAAUGACCAACCCAAAAAUACUCAUUAUCAGACGGUGUGAAUGCACAAUGUCAGAGAGGCUGUGACGGAUGGUUUCACGCUGACUGGGUAAGGCUUUGUGUUUUUGAAGCAGUACGCCAAGUUUUGUCUGUGUGUGCUGCUGCUCUUUUCUAUUUGUGGAGAUGUUUUAGCCAUGCUAGCAGCAGGAUUCUGGGGAUGGAAUUGUUGGUCAUCUGGACCACAGCUUUGGACUGUACUGAAAUAUCUUAGCCAUAAAAUAUGGUCGUCCAUUUCCCCAUCGGAAAGAUUUGUAAUCACUUUGGUGACCCUCAAACUUUCCUUCUGGUACCAUCAUCUGGUUCAAAUUUCAAUUUAUACUUCAUGCUAAUUAGUAAAUGUUAGCAUGCUAACACGCUAAACUAUGCUGGUAAAUGGUGGUAGCACACUGGAGUUAGCACUUAGCUCACAGCACCGCUGUGCCCAAGUAAAGCCUCACAGCUAGCAUGGCUUAGACUGUUUUUGGGGGGUUUGUUGUUUUUUCAUUGGUUGUCCUGGUUUUCCUUGCUGCACCAGCCAUAUAUGAUUUUACCAUGAAAAGAAAUUAUAUAAAAAAACUAAACAAAGAUAGUAAAUGCACAAUUUAUUUCCAAUUAAACUUUACAUUUUGGUAAUUUUAUGGUUUUCCUUACCCAUUGCUAAAUGUAAAUUGAGCUUUCAGUUUGAAGACCUCCAUUUGAACUUUUCUGUUUAAUGUUUCAGGUUCUUAAAUUUCACUGAAAGCUUGACUGAAUUUCACUUUUGUAUUUACUGCUUUUUUAAUAUUUAAUCGAUAAUAGAGUAAAUAAGAACAACUACAUUUUCUCUUUCUCUUCCUUCUGUUUAAAUAUAAUUAUAUUUCUGGGUGAAAUUACUAACUUUGAUUUAGUUGGCAGUGUAGGUAUCCCUUUAACUCAGCUGACAUCUUAUCUUCACAGCUCUGCUACAAAUCUAUAUAUUACCAUUAAAUGACUAUUUUUUUGUAAUAUACAAAAUGAUAUAAUCAAAGAGAAAAUGUUUAUAUGCUGUUAAGUUCACUGUUUCAUGUACUUCUGAUCCUGUCAUUUGAAGGGAGUGCAGAAAUGGUACCUGUUGAAAGAUCAGACUUUGUGCAGUAAAUAUGGAAGACAGACGGCAUCACAACCAAGCUGGUGCCAAAUAUGAUGCUGGACUUUCCAUAUAUCAGUCUUAAUAAGGAACUUAAAAAGACAGUGUUUUGGGGGUUUGCAUUAGUCCAUGGACAAACAGUUUGAUGCCCCCCACCCCUUUUACUUGAUUAGCAAUUGAGAGGGACUUCAAAAGUGCUUAUUUCUGCACACCCUAUUGAUGUAGUAACUGGUGAUAAUUAUAUUUUUUAAAUCCCGUACUGAUAAACACACUACUUGCAUGAAUCAAAUCAAACAAUGGCCUUUUCAUAAACAGCUAGUGUUGUAUUAAUGAUGCACUUCAGUCAUUUAGUAUAGCACUUCAAUAAAGCUGGAGGACUUAAAAAUAAAAGGAUUUAAAAAAGAAUUUUCAAAAUCUCAGCAGCAGAGCUGAUUGCCUGACUCCCAAAUGUAUGUUAAGCUCCCAAAACACUGGAUCCUACGUUUCCCACAAUGCAACUUCUUUUGUUUGAAUCCCCUGUGCCUUGUCAACACACAGCUUUUAAAAGUCCAUGUUCCCAAUUUGUAAGACAGAUGUCUCCAAGCCCAAGGUAACUGAAAAUCACUAUGACAUCAUCAAGGUUUCUUUUUCUCAGACUUGAGAAGCUUUUUCUUAAUCUCAUCAUGAACUCCACAUGAUGAGUAAACUGAUCUUAAUGUGUAAAAUGUGUUGGUAGAGUCUUUAAUGAAUUAUCUGUUUGUAAUCAAGCAAACGUGUCUGUUACAUCACAGGUAUGUGACAGCCAUUAAAUUAGCACUGGUCCAUUCCAGCAAUAGGCAGUAAGGCUGUCAAUACUGAGUAUUGGAGUUUUUGUACCAAUACCAUAACAAUGUUUUUUCUGAUACCUUACUUUCAGAAAUAUAAACAUUUUUUACAAAGUCCUUAUGGGUUGUCAAAUGUGACAUGAUGUCCAAACAGAAACUGCUGUACAAGAAUUUUAUGCUAAAUUUGAAUAGUCUAAAAUGUAUCUUCAAUCAAGUUGAUGAAGUGAUGUUCAAGCAAACUUUUGUCCACCCAUAAUCACUCACUGUUUAAUGGCUCUGAUCUGUAUGUUUUUCUAAGAUGUCUUAAUUCAGUAGUGUUACAUGAUUUGCCAUCUAAACAGUAUGGUGUCCUCUAGGCUUGUUAAUGUACUUUUUUGUCAGCUGUGUCUUAUUUACAGUAUUUCUGACACACUAGAUGGUCAAAAUCUAAAUCAGCCAGAGCUGAGAAACUGAGUGUGAAUAUGUGGAGACGUCUCCACUCAGAAACCUGGCUUGUCGUUUAUUUUCCUAGUUACACUGCUCACUGUACGCCACUCAGUCAGACCAUCAGUGUUUGUAGAACUAAAAAAGCAGAAGCCUGCAGUGAGUCUCUACAGAGGACCAUUCUUUUCUGUAGUUUUUGUGCCUUUCCUCAGAUUGAUUGGAAUGAUUGUGCUUAAAGGUCCAGUGUGUAAGGUUUGGGGGGGGAUCUAUUGACAGAAAUUGAAUAUAAUGAAAUGAAAAUUUGUUUUCAUUCCUAUAUAAUCAGCUGAAAUAUCUACAGAGGGAGCGGUCCUCUUCCACGGAGUCCCUCAUGUUGCACUGCCGUGCUUCUUUUGCAGCGCAGAACAGACAAACCAAACACUGGCUCUAGAGAGGGCCUUUUGCAUUUUCUUUAGAGUUAGGGGCCACCCUAGGUUUUCUUACAUGCUUGGAACAGCAAGGUGAGGAGAAUGGGUUUCAGUUGGUUACCUCACCUACUCACCGCUAGAUGCCACUAAAUCCUGCACACUGGUCUUUUAAAUGUUGGUGCGUUUUAGAUUUCUGUGUAGGACGUCCUUGCAGCAGUGCAAGCAAUAAAGAGAACAGUCUUUUCAA